AUGCUGAUUAUAAAAAAAAGUUUUCUGGUCAACAUCUCCCUGGAUGGAUGGAUGCACGGAUUGGCAUCAUUAUUCAAGGUGCUUGCCCGCAUCACCGUCCCUCCUGACCAUGACUCGCUGGAGGGCCACCCCAUGCUUUCGCGGCUCUACUUGCGGAACAACCCACUGGGCAUACAUGGGCUGCGGAGCAUCUUGCGCCUGCUCUGCCGGAAAGAGUCCAGCAUGUCCCGCCUGGACAUCGAAGGAUGCAAGUCCGGGGACGAGAAGACCAAAAGCACGCAAGGAUUUUCGCAGGUUUUCUCCUUCACCAACCCAGGGGGGAAGUACGUCCUGGACCUUGGAGUCCCCUAUGAUCGGAGUUUGUGCAGGAUGCUGUACGAGACUGCCGAGCGGUUCAACCUGGAGCACGGCAAGGCUUUCGUCAACAUCACCCACUCGAAUCCACCAUAUCACCAUCCAGUUCGAGACAGCAUCGGCCAGUACAAGGUUCGGCGAGAAGGGGUUCUGACCUUUACGUUCAACGUGGAGUCCGCUAUCGGGGCAGCCUGGUCGAAUGUGGCGGACGAUGACUUCAUCGGCUUUCUGAACAGCCACUUGGCCAUGAUGCGCUUUGAACCUCACAAGCGAAAGCUGCGACCUCUACUUGCCAACUGGAAGGCAAUAUCUGGAAUGCAUGCGGAGCAGGAGACUUUCCUGACAGCCCUGGCAUCUGAUUUCAACAUGGAGGUCCCCUACUUGGAGUACAUGGUCCAGGCCUGCCCUGAGGCAAGCAAUGAGAUCCUCUUCCGCCUCAUCCCAAGCCUCAAGCGUGAUGGCUGCUCAACCUUCCUUGCGAUGUCGCUCUUUCCGCGGGUCGAAGACCUUCUGGAGACCCAGUGGAGGAUGGAGAGUUUUCUGCUCUUCAACCCGCAGAACCCGACGGGUCGGUAUAAAUUGAAGCUGGAAAGCAGCAUGGACUUCGCUGUUGCGCAGCAGCUGCUCCUACUGGAUCGUUGGGAGUCCGUCGUGAACCGUCGUCACAAUCGUGGGGAUGUCUCGCAACGCGGCAACCGCUCCCAGCUGCGCAAUGAGCUUUAUCAGGGUCGAGCGCUUCAUCUCUCUGUGAAGCUUCUGACGGAGUGGGCCAUGCCGGAGUUUGGCGAGUUUGAGUGUGACUACAUCACGAGCUACCAUCCAAAGCAGGGUUCGAAACCCCUCAGCGACACCCUCUGGGAGUCGAUCAUGAUGGCCAUCUAUGACUCGCCCUGCCGGCCGGAAGAUCGGCUGAAGGUCUUGAAAAUCAUCUCGCACCAGAUUUUUUUGAGCUCCCUGCACAUUCGGCAGAUGGUGGGCUUCUUCCGCAAUGACGAGGAUCGUGAAGAGGCGUUGGUGAUGUUCUGGCCAAGGAUCAUCGACAAGUACAACGCGAAAGUCUUCAGAGUGCGAUUCGAAAAGCGGGAGGAUGUAGUGCGUCUUCAGGAGCGACUGGGUUAUAUCACUUUCUUUCCGUACAUGCAGCCCGAGAAUGCUGUCUUCAGACUGAACAUGGCCAUUUAUGAACAGCGGGUUGCUGCAUCCCUUUUCGUGCAGCUGAUGCUUCGGGAGAUGCCCGGGAACAUCAAGGAUCCCAUGUACGAGAAGCCGGACGGCACGCUGGACAACCUGACCAUGGGCGUGCCAAGGUCCUGGGCCGAUUGGAAGCAGUGUCCGUCAGACGGCAUCUUCUCCGGCCACUACAGCUGCGCGCCUGAGAAUCGGGCCUUCGACUUCCGCCGCAGGCUGGCAGAAACGUACGGCUACUACGAUGCCAAGACCAUGGCAAAGAUCAACGAACAGGACGUGAUGUGGUGGACUGGGCUCACAGAGCCUCCAUCAGACAUACUUGACCUGUUGGAGUUCUUGAUCAGCCGGUUUAACAACGUGGACGAGGCCUUCCGAAAGAUUAUCAGCUUGAGUGACACCAAGACACCGCUGAUAACUCUCCGUGUCUUCCAGGCCGCGCUGGUGGCUCUCGAGUGCGGCAAGUUCAAAGGCUCAGACGAGAAUCAGCGCUUGGCGGCAAUCUUCCGGUACCUUGAUCCAGGAGGAGAAGGCAGCAUCUCGCAGAAUGAAUGGCGCGUCCUUGGCCAACUCUGGAAUGAGUUCGACCUCACGAUUCGUGAAUUCGUCCAGUUCCUGCAAAUUGCUUUCGGUGAGGACAGCCUCAGCAUGCAUGGAUCAGCAAGACUGCAAAAAUCACAAGAGUUACAGGUUAAGUGA